UGCCGCUUUUGUAUUAUUUUUCCAUUUUCUUGAUAACGGGUGUGUUGUGACAAUCCAAUUUUCCUGAAGUAUCUCGAUCUCUCUAGCUGUGACAACGACAUAAGAGAAAUGCAUAUUUGUUCUUUCACUGCACUUCACGUUGAAAAUGUAGUGACGGGGAUUGCGUAGCCCCCAGAUCCCGUUUGGAAAAACAUAAAUGGAACGAUUCGAGGGCAUGCACUUUGGAAGCGGUUUUGCUGGCUGCCCCCGAGCAUGAGGACGUGUGUGUGUGUGUGUGUGUGGGGAGGGGGCGUGGCUUUGCGGCGGAGGACCAAGAGGUGCGCUUCGCGGACCAAACUGUGAUUGGUUGGCACCCUGAGCGAACGGCACGCGACCGAGGAUGUCGCGAUAAAAAGAGCUCGCGUGCGUGCGUGCGUGCGUGCAUGUUCUGUGUGUAAAAGCGAAGCGGGGCACCGUGAGCCGGCGACCGCGGCGCAGCGAGUCUGUAGGAGAGCAAAGCAUCCGCCGCAGCAGACAGAGAUGGACAGCGUGCUGGAUCCCUUCUCGGCACUCGACUCGUUCUCCUCCCCCCCUUACUUCAACGAUGAGGACUUUUUCACCGACCAGUCGUCGAGGGACGGCAACUUGGAGCCGGAGGACCUGUUGGACGACGACGUGGAUUUCUUCGCCGGCCACUUGCAAGACUUCUACGGCAAGGAGGGCGGGUGCGGGGGCGACGGCCCCGCCGACGACGAGCGCGACCUCGGCAACCUGUCCUUCUCGUCCCGCUCGUCGACCUUCUCCUACAGCUGCGCCGAGAGCAUCGCGCAGCUGUCGCCUCGCGGCGGGCCGCUGCUGAAGAGGCGGCGGAGGACGAGGUCGGACGUGGAGAUGCAGCAGCUGCGGCAGGCGGCCAACAUCCGGGAGCGGCGGAGGAUGCAGUCCAUCAACGACGCAUUCGAGGGGCUCCGCUCGCACAUCCCCACCUUGCCUUACGAGAAGAGACUCUCCAAGGUGGACACGCUGCGCCUGGCCAUCGGCUACAUCAACUUCUUGGCCCAACUGGUGCAGUCCGACCUGCCCAUCCGCAACUCCGGUAGCGGCGGCGGCGACGCGCACGCGCAGACGAGGAAAAUCAUCAUCUGCCACAGGGGCACAAGGUCCCCCUCCCCGAGCGACCCCGACUUCGGUCUCCCCCCGCUGGCCGGCCACUCCCUCUCCUGGUCGGAUGAGAAGCAACUUCGGGACCAGAAUGUGAUCCGCACGGCUAAGGUCUGGACCCCGGAGGACCCCCGAAAACCGCACCACAAAUCGCUCCUCGCGGAUAUCGAGAACGAGCCCCCUUUCGGCCUGGUGGCCUAAAACUCUCAACGCCGAAACCGAGCCCACGUUAGACGACCGGCGAGCAAAACGACACCGGACGUUCUCAUAUUGUCGAUGUUGUGUGCAGAUGUGGAUGCAUUUGUUUGUUUUUUGUUUGUUUUUAAUUCAGACUACUGGCAAUCGUCUAUUUAACGUUUGUAAUAAUAUAUGAUGUAAUUUAAUUGCGAGGAAUGGGAUGCUAUUUAUUUUUCUAUCCUGACGAGGAAUUAUUUUUCUAUCCAAUCGAUUAAAGCAAGCGAGUAAGAA